AUGGCUGAAGUUGUAAAUGGCGUCAACCAACUCUCGGUUGACGAAAAGGUAAAGCCCCAGCCUCAGGUUAACAAGAAGGACAAGAAGAAGGAUAAGCAGCCUCCUAAGUCCUUGGUUUUGGACCCUCCACCAGAGUUUUUGGAUUACAGAUUGAAAAUUUUCGAUGAGAUCAAGGCCAAGAAAGAUGCUGAAUUUGCUGCUCGUGAAAGAGUGCCAAUCAAGAUUACAUUGAAGGACGGUACCGAGAAGGAAGGUACCGCUUUUGAGACCAGUCCGUUCACUAUCGCUAACGGUAUUGGUAAGUCUUUCCUUGAAAGACAGAUCAUUUCCAAGGUCAACGGUGAGCUCUGGGAUUUGGAAAGACCUUUUGAGGGAGAUGCCCAGCUUGAGUUCUUGGAUUUCGAACAUCCUGAGGGUAAGAUGGUCUUCUGGCAUUCGUCUGCCCACGUCUUGGGUGAAGCUUGUGAGAACCACUACGGCUGUCAUUUGUCUUACGGUCCACCAACUGAAGAUGGUUUCUUCUACGACAUGUCUAUCAACAGCGGUGAAGGCGUUGUUUCCCAAGAAGACUUUGGUAACAUCGAAAAGGUUUCUACCAAGGUUAUCAAGGAAAAGCAGAAGUUCGUCAGACUAGAAAUGACCAAGGAGGAAUUGUUGAAGAUGUUCGCCUACAACAAGUACAAGGUGAAGUUUAUCAGCGACAAGGUGCCAGAUGGAACCUCCACUACCGUCUACAGAUGUGGUCCUUUGAUCGAUUUGUGUAGAGGUCCUCAUAUUUUGCAUACUGGUAAGAUCAAGGCUUUCAAGGUUUUGAAAAACUCUUCUUCUUACUUUUUGGGUGACGCUGCCAACGACUCUUUGCAGAGAGUUUACGGUAUCUCUUUCCCAGACAAGAAGUUGAUGGAUGAGCACUUGAAAUUCUUGAAGGAAGCCAGCGAGAGAGACCACAGAAAGAUUGGUAAAGAACAGGAAUUGUUUUACUUCAAUGAAGUCUCUCCCGGUUCUGCUUUCUGGUUACCUCACGGUACUAGAAUCUACAACACCCUUGUCGACAUGUUGAGAAACGAAUACAGACAGAGAGGUUACGAGGAAGUCAUCACUCCAAACAUGUACAACACCAAAUUGUGGGAGAUCUCUGGUCACUGGGGUAACUACAAAGAGAACAUGUUCUCAUUCGACGUUGAGAAGGAAACCUUCGGUUUGAAGCCAAUGAACUGUCCUGGUCACUGUGUUAUCUUUAAGAGCCGAGAGAGAUCUUACAGAGAAUUGCCAUGGCGUGUUGCUGACUUCGGUGUCAUCCACAGAAAUGAAUUCUCUGGUGCUCUUUCUGGUUUGACCAGAGUCCGUCGUUUCCAACAGGAUGACGCUCAUAUCUUCUGUCAGCAAGACCAGAUUGAGCAAGAAAUUGCUGGUGUUUUCGACUUCUUGCAGAAGAUUUACGGUAUUUUCGGUUUUGAGUUCAAGAUGGAGUUGUCCACUAGACCAGAAAAAUAUGUUGGUGAAUUGGAGACUUGGAACGCUGCCGAGAAGAACUUGGAGAAUGCAUUGAACAAGUUCAUGGGUGAGGGCAACUGGGAAUUGAACCCUGCUGAUGGUGCUUUCUACGGUCCUAAGAUCGAUAUCAAGAUCAGUGACGCAUUGAGAAGAUGGUUCCAGUGUGCCACUAUUCAGUUGGAUUUCCAGAUGCCUCAACGUUUCGAUUUGGAGUACAAGGCUGACUCCAACGACAAGGAGAAGACCACUGCUAGACCAGUCAUGAUUCACAGAGCUAUUUUGGGAUCUGUGGAGAGAAUGACUGCCAUUUUGACUGAGCAUUUCAAGGGUAGAUGGCCAUUCUGGUUGUCUCCAAGACAAGUUUUGGUUGUGCCAGUUGGUGUCAAGUACUUCGACUAUGCCGAAUCUUUGAAGGAGAAGUUGGUGAAGCAGCAUGGUUUCUACGCAGAUGUCGACCUCUCUGGUAACACCUUGCAGAAGAAGGUUAGAAGCGGACAGUUGUUGAAGUACAACUUCAUCUUCAUUGUUGGUGAACAAGAGCAGGCUGAGGAGAGUGUUAACGUUAGAAACAGAGACAUUCAAGAAGAGCAGGGUAAGAACGCUACGGUGAAGUUCGACGAGGUUGUCAAGCAAUUGCUCAGAUUGAAGGAGGAGCACAGAGCUGACAACAAAUUGAUCGAUCAGUUCUGGACACCAACGACACCAUACCCUAUAAGAUCUAUCAUAAUGGAUAACUCAAACAACAAUAAUGAACAAACCGACAAUGUGCAACAGACAAUUAACCGCUUAGACUACUCCAACCCUUUGGUUGCCCACGAAUUGCCCAAGGCGAUCAAGUUCUGGGAAGCUGACCAUGUUCUACAACCGAAGGAACGUCAAGAGAUGGCUAAACUUCUCAAUCAGCUCAAUGGUGUUUCAGUUAGUGUUGCUAUAGCCAUGGGAAUUGGCCUGACUAUGAUUCCGACUAUUCAAGAUCGGCUGAUAAGAAGAAGAGCUGGCAAGAUCAGCAACUUACCGCACCAUAUGCCAAUGAGGCCACCCUUGAUCAAGUCUCCGUUCUUUUCAAUUGCUUUAGGAGUGUUCACGUUCCAAGCGUCCAUGUACUUCAACUUGUACAUGCAAUUCAAACUAACGAGCAAUCGUUUUGCCAAACGUGUAGAGACGGAAGGUGGUAAUGAGAGCCAUACGAGAAUGCUUCACGCCUUGCAAGCUAUUCCCCCUUACCAGGCCUUCUUCUGGGGACAGUACUACGACUUGACCAGCAGAGAUCCUUCCUUCAUCAUGAAAGAUCCACGUACAUUGACGGAGGAAGACAUCCAUAAGCCCUACUACCACCCAAGCCGUCCAAUUACAGCACCUGGGACACCUAGUCAGCCUGAGCAAAAGGAUACCUCGGAAUGGCAGCAUAUAAGGGACAUCAACUUCCCAAAUGCCGCCACUACGCAAGAUAAAGAUCAGUCUACCCUGGAUGAAGGUUCGUUCCCAGGCCUUACUGAUACACCAAAGAGUGAAAUUCGACUCCAUUUUAUUCGUUUCAAUUCAAAGAAGACUGACCCUAGACCUCGAUGGUUCUUCUGCUCUGAUGCACCAUUGACAAAACCAGCAUGGUUUGAAUAUAAACAAGAGAAAGAACCUACCAAAUUUCUUCCCUUCUCGGAGGUCGACGAAAAGAACUUGGAGAAAGCGUACCUGAGAAAUGAAAAGACGGUUGAGGUGAAAGAGGAUCGUCUAUUCGAGGUAGACUUGAAGACGAUGGUCCUUUCACCAGUGUACUGGGAAGGGCCUACGUAUGAGGUCAGACGAGGUAUAUGGUUUGACCACGAUGGAACACCACUUCUGUCACACUUGGCUAAGAGCAUUGAGGAUUCGUAUUGUCUACGUCGCCCGUAUGAGCACGUAAAGCCUGAUGACAGUGUCGCUCCUACUCAGAAACAAUCCAAAGAUAUCAUCGCGAGAUUUAACAAGGAGAUCAAAGAGCUCCAUAAAGAUAUCGAGAAAGAGACCAUCGACUUUUCUGAAGAAAGGGAUAUCGUUGACUUGGGAGAUGGAAAUGCUGUGAUCUACUUUGAUGGCAAUCAAGCUGCAAUGUUUCCUUCGGAAAUCAACCCCGUCCAGUUGGGUAUUCUCAGAAAAUUGGGCCCUAAAUCGGGCACUUUGUUGGGAGUGACUCCAAUCCAGAGAGGCUACUCCGAGGAUCUCAAUGCCACUAUUAUGGAUAGUAUAAAGAAUGCUCCUGUCCCUUCUUUGACUGAUAUUUUCCUGUCAGAAUUGUCCAGUUUGUUUUCUCCGCAGAAGCAGCACGAGAAAGUGUUAACGAACAACGCCAAGGAAGCUGACAAAGAUGAAAUGCUUCAAACGGUCAUGGAAUCGGAUUUUCAAGAGCUCAAGGUCAACAAAUCUAAUGAUCGAGACGUUGACCAUCUUGUUCUUUGCGUUCAUGGAAUCGGCCAGAUCUUAGGAUACAAGUACGAGUCGGUCAACUUCACCCACAGUAUCAAUGUCAUGAGAUCAACUAUGAGAGAAGUUUUUCAGAACGAUGAAAAAUACAAGAAACUUGCAUAUGGAGACUCGUAUGAUUCCAAGAACGAGGAGCAUUCAUCGAAUAAUAGGAUUCAGACUCUUCCUAUUACGUGGAGGCACAAGGUUAACUUUCAUCCAAGGAAAAGAAUCGACGAUCUUGGGAAUACCGGUGAUGAGCGUCUUCCUAGCUUGUCUGACAUUAAUGUGGAUGGUGUUAGGCCUUUGAGGAACAUCGUUGGCGACGUGAUCUUGGAUGUUUUGUUAUACUACGAGCCCAAAUUUAUGAAUCAGAUUUUGAAGAUUGUUUCUGAAGAGCUUAACAGAGUUUACAAGUUGUACAUGGAGAGACAUCCCGAAUUCGACGGAAAGGUUCAUAUUUUGGGUCACUCUUUGGGUUCAGCUAUUGCUUUUGACAUAUUGGCAAUGCAGACAGAUGACAAUCACGACCUCAAGCUCGAUUUUGAUGUUGAAAACCUUUUCUGUAUCGGAUCCCCCGUUGGAGCUUUCAAAUUGCUUCAGAGACGCAACAUAAAGUCUAGAUCAAACGUAUCCGAGGGGUACGAUCCGCUGAAACCUGAUCUUAAGUUUGUGUCACCCAAAUGUCAAAAUUUGUAUAAUAUUUUCCAUCCCUGUGAUCCUGUAGGAUAUCGGAUGGAACCCCUUAUAAAGCCAUCUUUCUCAAAAAUGAAACCUGAGGAGGUCCCUUUCGCCUUGAAGGGAUUCAACACUCAAGUUAAGAGUUUGACGAGUUUCGGAGAUGAAGUCCAGCAAAAAAUCUUUUCAAACUGGUUUGGAUCGAAGAAAGAUGGUAAGAACAUUAAAAUGGUUGAGACUAAAGCAUCCGAGGAGAAUGCUUUGGGUGAUAUCAUCACAACCUUGGCCAGCCCACUAUCAAGCGGCCAAAGUGAGGACCCCUCUGAAGAAGUCAAGGAUUCUUAUCUUUCAGACGCGGACAUUAAUGUCUUGACUGAGUUAAACCGGUCAGGCAGAGUGGACUAUUCGUUACCAACAGGUGUCUUCAGUAUUGCCCUAAUAUCGGCCAUCAGUGCCCACGUUUCAUACUUUGAAGACCAGGAUACAGCUGGAUUUGUCAUGAAGGAGAUUCUUUGCUCAUCGCAAGAUUCAGUUGAAUCUAAGAAAGUUAAAGUUUAUAAAUAG